AAACACAAACAGUUUUAAUCGUGCAACCGUCCCAACAACAUCAGACCGAAAUGGCGAAUAUUAAAGUUUAUAUUUUCUUGAUAUUUUUAUGUCUUCAAGACAGUGUCGUUCAAGGCAAAGUUAUAGAUUUCUCUAAAAAUUCGAAGUUACAGAAAUAUUUAGAGGUUCACCGCUGCCGCCAGGAAUGUUAUGCGAAGACCCUUAAUGCCGAAGUGGAGAAUUGGGAUAUUUGUCGUGAUGUUCCCGAUUGUUAUAUGUGCUAUGACUAUUGUGAAAUGCUACCGAAAUUAGCCAUUGACUUGGCUCAUUCUAUGUGUUCCGACGAAGUAUACUGUUCGAAAGGAUGUCGCAUUGCCUGCAGGAAUCAUCAGAUAAUGGGUGUUCAUACUCUUGUCUAUGAAACUCAACAGCUUUAGAUCCUGAAAAUUAUUUGCAUAAUUUUGAUGUACAUAUGUAUAUUUGCAACACUAAUUACUCAAUUGUAUUGUUUUCAACCGAUUAUUAUCUUUAUAUAGUUACAAUUAUUUAAAUAAUUAUGUCAAGUAUUAAUUUAUAGCUACAAAACAGUGUUGUUCUUUAAUAAAAAAAACUAGAAGAAA